UGUGACACAAGGCUAUUUUCGACAAAUGGCGAUUCAUUGAGUUCGGGUGCAGUUUUUGGAGCAUUGAUAUCAUGUAUCAUGUCUCUGGUUAAUAAAUCGCGAGAUGCACUUUUGGCAAAAGAUAUUCAACUUGUUUAUCUUGUAGCUGAUGAUAUAUCAGGAACAUGUAAAUCCAUGUUAACAGAUGCUGCAGAAAAGGCUGGUAUUGAAAGGGAUUACGUAUCUUCCGUAUCUAAAACAACCUGUAUCAUCAACUACAUUGAUAUGUAUGAUUUACCAGAGGGCGAAUUAAAUGGCAACAUACCAGCUGACUUUUGGAACUCAGGAAAACGGUUUCUUGUUGUUGAUCUAGGCUAUGACCAGACUGAGGUUAGCGUCCAUGAGCGUUUAGAGGAUGGCACAUGCAGAGAAAUUGACAAACACUACUUUGGAGAAUGGGGACUUCAGAAAUGUAUCUCAGAAUUCAUGGAAAUAUUUCCUCAAAUAUUUGGUCAAAAUGUCUUCGAAGAAUUUUGCCAGGAAGAGCCUGAAUGGGUUAUCGAAAUGACUUAUGCAGUUUCCAGUGUAAUUUUAAAAAGUCCAAAUGUCUCUGAAAAAACAAGCUUAAAAUUACCCCUUCGGCUUGAAGAACUAUAUGCAGAAAGAACCAAAAAAAGUAUCAGAGAAGAAGUUCGAAAACAAUUCAAACAUUUAAAUGUGAAUAUAAUUUCUGACAAGCUACGUUUUGACAGGAGUAUUAUCGAAACAAUUGUUGCAAGUUGUAUUGCAGACAAUACUUCCCUCAUAAGAAAAAUUUUAACCAAGCACAGAUUUUCGAAGAUUAACACUGUUGUCAUUUUCGGGACACUUUUAGAAAGUGAACACAUCAGUAAUGCAAUGGCACAAAACUUUGAUGGGGCGGUAAUACUUUCGAACAAAAUUGGUGUAAAUGCAACAAUAAAAGCAGCAAUUUUACACGGGUUUACACAGAAUGAGAUGAUUUGUAGCUUUACGUAUGGAGUAAAUGUAUGCGAUGAUUUUCACGAAGAUAUUCACACAAGUGAUCAUAAAGUUAGGAUGGUAUCUGACAGUGACAUAUGUCAAAAUUUGUUCAGAAGGUUUUUCAUGAAAGGAGAGAAAAUCGUUGUCGGACAGCUAAGAUAUAGAAGGUAUAGGACAAUCUUCCCAUAUCAAAGGAAAAUACUUGUGUAUAUUCUACAGUCAGAUAGGAGGGAACCUAAAUAUGCAGAUGAAAAUGGAAUAAAAGGGCUUGAUGUGAUUUCAGUAGAUCUAGGCCGUGACGUAAAACAUGGGGAAAUUGAAGUGAGGAUGAUGUUAACAGAGACCAAGCUUGCUGUUGAAGCCUUCCUUGUACAAGAAAGAACAAAUGAGAAAAAUGAAAAACUGAAAAAAGUAUACUCAAAAAGGUUUUUGCAUUUUGCCCGCCCCGCAGCUUCGAUAGUGCAGGUAAAAUAAAGCGCAAGAGGUCAGGUCGUGCCGAAGGUCCCCUCGUAAGUCCAGGACAGUGCCCUAUUUUCGAUUCAGAGGUGAAUCUCAAUUAUUUUAAGAUGUUUAUAAGUUCCGCACUAUCAAGUUGAUACAUGAAUAAUAUCCAAAUAUUGAGGUUAAAUAAAUUAUGCAAAUCAUUGGAUGCUUAACCACCAGAAACAAUCUCUUGUCAUCUUGUUAAAUUUUAAACAAACCAAAAUAAAAUCAUCCAUUGCUUUGUAGAAAAGUUAAACAUGUAAAUCUGAAAUUUCAAAGUAUUGCUUUAAGAUGGCAUUGUUCUUUUCAUUAUCUGCAGUCUUAAUAAGUCCUGUAAUAUGCAAUGUUAUCUUUAUAAAAAAGAAAAUUUGAAGUCACAUGUAAUGUUUUGCAUAUUUAUUGACCCUGCAUUCCGUUAAACCAUAACACAGUGGUCUAUUUUGUAAACAUGAAAUAUGAAAGUUGAUGAUCUGUCAUGUGACCCAGUUACUACCUCUUAAUGCAGAAAUUAUAAUAUUGGCUAGCCAUGGUUUUCAUGCGUGCAGUUUAGAUCGCCAUCAUGACAUUUUCGUUAAUUUACUGCGAUGUUGUUAUUGCAAAAUAUGAUAUACAAAGGUUGUUUGUGCAUCUUUUUUUUUGAGGUUGCUUUGCAAAGUUUAAUUUUUUGCCGCUUGUAACGUACUACAAUAAUAUCCAAUAUAUCAAAACGUUUUUGCGCGUGUUGUUAAUAGUACUAAAAUGGGUUUUAUUUUUAUGAUAAUGAUUUGUGCAUGAAUUUGUUUCAUUUUUGCAAGGGUGUUUUACAAAUUGUUUCACAAAGUUAAAUAUAAAUAAUCACAUUGCAGGUUUUUGUUAAAUUUCAACAAUUGUUUGGAAAUUAUGGUCUUAAGUAUUGCUUUUUCAAAUAUGAAUAAAAGAGCUAUGCUUUUGCGUAAAUUUUCUGUAAUGCAGAUAUUACAAAAUAUGAUUUUACAAUGGUUGAUCGUGCAUCUU